AUGCCUAACACAACUAUGAAGUCAUUCCACAGCCUGAGUGUCGAGAACCCGGAUUUCGCGAUCCACCCCAGGUUUUGGACUGCGAAUCACCUCUCCAUGGUAAACUGCAAUUUCCAGCGAAUCGAAACUGACGAUGCACAUGGCUUUGGGGGUCUCGAUACCCAAACUGCCGAACGCCUUGCCGUGUUGGCUAAGAAGCUCGCUGUUGGAGUCGUCCCCGGCUCUAAGUUCUUCUGGGCUGAGAACCUCCUUCUUCGCAAGGGAACAAGCCCUAUUACCUUCAGCCAGUAUUUCAAGACCUACUCAAUUGCACCAGCACCAGCCGGAUUAACCUUUCUAGGGCACCUCUCUCUUUCUACUAUGGCCAACGCCGAGUCCGCCUCGCAGAUUGGUAUGUCCACACCUUCCGCAUUAAAGACGAGAUUUCGAUCCCUCACGCCGAUCCCAUGA